CUGUAGUUGGUACCAUACUUUCGUUCUCAUCUUCUACUGCUUCUCAUCUUCAAACACACAAAAGUCUACACCUCUACUCUCCUCCUUCUUCACACAAACACCACCUACACCCUCUAUCUUCUACUCCAUCACCAUGAAGUUCUCCAUUGCUGCCUUGACCCUCGCCAGCCUGGCCUCCGCUGCCGAAACUGGCUGGAGCGGCGCCAUCCAGACCAAGGACGGCGGCCUCGGCGGCGUUGUCACUGUUGUCAAUGACACUACCCUCAUGAUCUCCAAGUACACUCUCAAGGCUGCCACUGCACCUGCUCUCUACUGGUGGGGUGCCACCGACUCCAACCUUCCCAAGGGCUUCCGCAUCAAUAACGAGCGUGUCUCCGAGCCCGCCAAGACCGACUCCAUCACGAUUUCCCUCGAUGCCGGCCACAAGGCCUCCGACUUUACAUACGUCGGCCUCUGGUGCGAGAAGCUCAAUGCCAACUUUGGCCAGGCUCUUCUCAGCAAGGACGGCAGCAGCAGCACCUCGGAUAGCAGCCCCUCUGGUAGCUCUGCUCCCAGCGCCUCUCCCAGCGUCGACAAGAAGGGGGCCGCUGCUGGACUCUCUUCUUCGCAGGGUGCUUUCGCUGCUUUGGCUGCCAGUGCCUUGGCCAUUGCUGCCUUUAUGGCGUAGAUAAUUUCACCUCUUUUGUAGUAAUAAAGACACUCUGUUUCUCACGCAGCCCUUUACAAUAAACCUUUACUCUGGAGCACCAGUCCUUAGUACAGAGACACGAUGUAUGAUUAAACCCCAAGAAACCCAUCAAAAGUCUGGUAAUAUUUCUUUUAAAUGGUAUUGCGUCUCUGUAUUUUAUUUUGGUCUUAAAUUUUGUCGACUCAUUUGGUAUACUUGUUGAAUACCAACCGAAAGUGACUCAUUUCAGCUAUGACUUCC